UUAAAGAGAGAGAGGGGGAGAGAGAGAGAGAGCAUGUGGUAAUAUUUGAGCAGUUGAUGACUGCAGCAGCAGCAGCAGCAGUUCGAUGUUUCACCGCAAAGAGGACAAAUCAGGAUUCUGUUUGUUUGAGACCGAAACAAGGACCAAAGGCAGACGGACUGACUGGAGGAUAAUGAAAGUGUGUGUCUGAGGCUGGAAUAAGAAGAUACACACUUUGCAGACACUUGCAUUUUUUUGGAUCCAACAAAUUGAGCGCUGCAUUGGACCCGGGUCAGUGUGUUAAACAUGGGGGACCAGAAAUCAAUUCAGCCCUUCCUGCUCCUGCUGCUGAUGCUCCUCAACAGGCUGUCUCAGCUGUGGGCAUUUCCCUUCAGCCCAUCGCUGGACCUGGACGUCACUCCCAGGACGACUAUUUUCCACAAAGGAAUGCUGAGCAGCAAUGGCUUCACGGGCUCAUCCCAGAACUACAGUACCCUGCUGCUAGAGGAGGAGACUGGGCGUCUCUAUGUGGGAGGCAGAGGAGCUUUAUAUGCGCUGAACACCUCCAACAUCUCCACAUCUGCAAACCUCACUAUUGAUUGGAAUGCCAGCCCCGAACAGAAGAAGCAGUGUUUAAAUAAAGGCAGAAACAAUCAGACAGAAUGUUACAACCACAUCCGCUUCCUGCAGCGAUUCAAUGAAACUCACCUGUAUGUCUGUGGAACAAAUGCCUUCAGACCUCUCUGUGCUUACAUAGAUACAGAAAGGUUUAACUUCUCAUCUGGUUUUGAGGAGGGAAGAGACAGAUGUCCAUAUGACCCAGCAAAGGGAUUCACUGGCCUCCUUAUUGAUGGUGAGAUGUUCACAGCCUCCCAGUAUGAGUUUCGGAGCUCACCAGACAUCCGCAGGAAUUUCCCCUUCCCCACUCUCAGGACAGAGGAGGCUCCAACCCGCUGGCUUCUGGAGGCAGACUUCGUGGGCUCUGUGCUGCUGAAGGAGAGCAUCAACAGCUCCAUAGGCGACGAUGACAAGAUCUACUUCUUCUUCACGGAGAGAAGCCAGGAGCAGAUCGCUUAUCCCAGUCAGACCAAGGUGUCUCGGGUCGCUCGAGUCUGCAAGAAUGACUGGGGUGGCCAGAGGACUCUGCAGCGGAAGUGGACCACCUUCCUUAAGGCCAGAAUGGUGUGUUCAGUCCCAGAGUAUGAGCUUCACCUCAAUAUCCUGCGUGAUGUGUUUGUCCUGCAGGGGAGAGACGUGCAAAGCAGCAUCUUUUAUGGCGUUUUUGGCUUGGAAUGGAAGAAUAUCAAAGCAUCCGCCAUCUGCCAAUACACUUUCUCAGAUGUGCGCAGAGUGUUUGAAGGACCAUACAUGGAGGUGCAGGAUUCGAAGUGGAGGGAAUAUACAGGAAAGGUUCCGGAGCCAAGACCUGGUUCAUGUAUAACAGACGUACACAGGUCCCAGGGCAUAAACUCCUCUCGAGACCUCCCAGACAGCGUGCUCACAUUUGCCAGGAGGCACCCGCUGAUGGCUAAGCAGGUUCACCCAGUAGACCUGCGGCCACUUAUGUUCAAGAGGAGCGUCAACUACGUCAAGAUCGCCGUGCACAAGGAGCCGGCGCUGGAUGAAAACCUUUACACUGUCUUGUUUCUGGGAACAGAUGAUGGGUGGUUGCACAGAGCUGUGGAAGUCGAUGGAGAGAUGCAUAUCAUAGAGGAGCUGCAGAUAUUUGCCAAACCACAGCCAAUAGAGAGCAUGGUGAUAUCUGCAGUACAGAGAAGCAUCUACAUCAGCUCCCACUCUGGCGUGAUCCAGGUACCAAUGUCCACCUGUACGAGAUACACUUCCUGUUAUGACUGCGUAUUUGCCAGAGACCCAUUCUGCGGCUGGGAUGGGAGAGUGUGUGUGGAAAUAUCGUCACGUUCACAGAGGUCAAACUUAACGCAGGACAUCUCUAGAGGAACCAGAGGCUGUAAAGAGAAUCCAGGAAAUGUGAUCCAUCGGAGACGGGCUGUGAUGUCGGGGGACGAUGUGUUGCUCCAGUGUGAGCUUCGCUCCAACCUGGCAACUCCACGCUGGACGCUAAAUGGCAAGGAGCUCCAGGGAUACGGGUUGAACACAGGUUACCGCGUUGGGACGGACGGGCUCCUUAUAAUAGGUGCUCGCACCCAGCAAGGUGGCUCGUAUCGCUGCUUUGCAGUGGAGAACGGAGUCUCAGUGCUGGUUUAUCUUUACACAGUGAAGGUUCACACAGAUCCAUACUUCCCAGUGGAGCCCACCAACUCCACAGAACCCACUACUGUCUCCAGCCCGGUGGUUUUCUCCACCGCCAGCCCCACUGAGCAGCCUCUGCCCUCACCACCAGCACCGCUGCCGCCAGGAGCCAAUUUCCAGACCUACAGACACAUGGAGGCCAUCUACAUAUCUUUGGUGGCGGUUCUGGGAGGGCUUUGCUUAGUGUUAACUGUGGUGCUACUUUACGUAAGCUUCUGCACCAGACGGGCAAGUCGGAGUCGGAAGUUCUCCCAUCAGAACCUCCAUGUUCUUGGGGCCUCGGAUAGAAAGAGGAGCUCCCACCUGGAACUCAAAACCAUCUCCAGCCACUGCAACGGACGCCAGGGUCGGCGCUCCAUCUCAGUGCCGACCUUCGGGGACUUUAACGACAGCUUCCUGCAGAUAAUUCCCUGCGACGACCAGAUGUUUCCGGCCAAAACGCCGCCGCCAGCUCCCCCUCUUCCCAAUCCGCCUCCGCUUCCGAACAUGGACUACGCCAAUGGGCUGUCGGCCACGCUGCCCAGCGUGCUGAGGAAGAUGAACGGAAAUAGCUACGUGCUGCUGAGGCAGGCCGACCCCGAGGGCAUGUCACCGCUCUAUCACUCAUUCACGGAGGAGCUCAAUCGGAUCCUGGAGCAGAGGAAACACACACAGCUGGACAUGCAUCCCGAUGAGAGCUCCAUCUAGGAUGCUCCAGUCAAUAUUUUUGUCCAACUUAUUUAUUUUUAACCCAAUGGAGAUGUUCGGUUGUGGGAAAAGCUGAAAUGUUGCCAUUGCUCUCCAGGGUGUAGGACUUGUUGCAGCUUGAUUCAAAACAUGGAAACUCCUGCAUCUGGAGGGCGUCCAUGAGUUCUCUUUAUGAUGGACCAAAAGAACCAGAGUGACUGAAACAAGCUUAGCAGCUGUGAAGAAUUUGCACUAAAAUAAAGCAAAUGGGAGCGGGACGAUGUCACCUCAUUAAACUCUGUGGAGGUUUAGGGACGAUGGGAGUUGCAUUGCAAUGAAUCACUGGACUUUUUUUUUUUUUUAAAACAUUUGAGGUUUUUGAGAAGUUUAAACAUUGUGUAUUAUUUAUUAUGAGUAGCACAAAGAGAUACUCUUCUCCAUAUGGAUGUUUAGAAACAUAAUGUCUUUGCUAGAAUUAACAAGUUUGAAUCCUGAGAACUGAGACCGUUGUACAAUAUGUUUUUUUUUUUUCUGUCUCGGCUGCCUGGAUGGCAGGAAGUGAGGUUGUUUGUAAAAGUAGAGGUUUCAAUUUUCCUGAUUUGGGAUAACAGUAUUUCUUUUUGGCUGAAAUUUGGUGAAAGAUGUUUUUGAAACUCAUUUGUUACAGUACAACCACAAACUAUUAUCUUUGUUAUUUACCAAUACAAUAGCUAGAAUCUACACAAUAUAGAUUGAAGUCAUUGUGAAUUAGAAGGAAAAUGACAGGUUUUCCAUCCAAAGUGUAUUAGAAAAAGACUGAAACUACUGACUAUUCUUCUUUCCAGCUGAAAAGUGAACCUUUGCUCCUGUGUCAAGUGUUUUGCAGCCUUUAACAUGUUUUCUUCUCUUGCCCUGUAUUUAGUUCCGUCCAAUCUUCCCAUUUAAAGUCUGAAAAUGCCUCUUUCUCCCUGCUAAAUAAAAGCAUUCCUACAGUAUGAUGCUGCCACCACAAUACCGGGCCAAAAAUAUCAGUUUUGUCUGAACUUUGAUGCAAGAGCACUGGAUUCUAGCACUAUCAGAGUAAAGAAGAGGGAAUACUUUUGCUAACCAUCCUUACAGAGAGUCUUGUUUCCACCCUUCUGCCACACUUGACACAGAUCACCACCGUUUCUACUUCACCCCAUAGUGAACAGCACACACAAAUUACUUUAAAUUAUUGUCCCUGGUUGGUUAAACUCAUUGGCCUUGUGUGCCUCCACUGAUCACUGUUGCAUCAGUCCUGCUUUUACUAACCUUUUCUCUUCUCUCUGGACUCUCUUUUCAUGUACACCCUACAUAAAAACUGCAAAUAAAAAAAUCCCUCUUUAUUUCUUAAAAACUAUAUUUUGUUCAGAUAUCGUCACUAAUAUGUUUCUUUCAGACUUUAGAACUUCCACAUUUUAUUAAGCUGCAAUAAUUCACCACCGAAAAAGUAUUUGAAGAAAAACGGUACAUAUAUUUUAAAACCACCGUUAUUUUAGAAAUAUGCAAUUGAAUUCAAAUUAUAGAUGGAAAGCACAAAAGCUUUUGUGGAGCGCUAAAGUUUAAGUGAUUGUCUUCCAGUAUAUUUCCUGCUGUAGAUGUCAGUUCACACUACUUCUUAGUUAUUGUCAGGAAGAAUUGAACCUUUGUUUUCCCACUCUGAAUGGAGGAAGAAAGGAAGCUUGGAGUCAAAGACGAAUCUGUGACACAACCACAAUGGACAGUACGUUUUUGUGAAAUUAGCAUUUUGCUUGAAGUAUCACUUGAGAAACUUUGUAUGAAACAUACAGUAUAUUUCUGUGUGUUCAUUUAAACACUAUUUUGUUUUUUCUCUUGUUUAAACACUUGCUUCCUUUUACAGGCUCAAUAUAUUGUGUCUGUAAAAAUAGCUGCAGCUGGGCUAUUGCUUGUUUCUGCUUUCUGCUAUUCAUGUGGGGGACAAAAAAAUACUACAUUUAUGGAAAUGUGCCGUGUGUGACAAGAGGAGUCAGAAUUCAGCUGGAUUAACUGAUUUAUCUAAAUACUGCAGACGGACUUUGUGGCUUUUAAAAAGCACAGCGCACCCUGAAGAAAAAUAGAUAAAACACCGUAAAUAAGUUUCUUAUACAUGAUUAUGACUCCUCCCACAUUUAAACUGCAGGCAACUUUUGCCUCCAUUUCUCUGCACAUUUACAUACCAGCAUUCAUAAAUAGACAGAGCAUAAUAUUCACAAGGCAGCAGGUGAAAUCUCACAAUUACAUAUAUACACAAAGAGCAUCGUCAGCUGAGAAAUAAUUUUACAUGUUAAUAUUGAUAAUUUAUAUUUAAUUAUAAUUUAGUUACUAUUUUUUUUCUUUUUGUCUUGUUCUGUUUAUCACUAUUGUAAUCAUUUCUACAAUUGCCUCCACCCCUUUAAUUUUUGUCCUCCAUGUCUCUGACAUCUUUGUCUUUUAGGUAAAAUGUAAUGAUAUCACAGAAGAAAACAGUUAUUUGGCUGUUUAAGAAUUAAAGAAUGUCUGUUUUAUCAUGAAAUCAGUACAAAUAGAGUAUUAGCACGUAAGUUUGUCCUCUGCAUUAAAAAGAGACAGAAAAAAUCUGCAGGUGGCAAAUUUUAGACUGGACAUGCAAUGUGAUGCCAAAAAAAACAACCAAAAGCUGCAGAGCUCAUAGUAUUUCCAUGGCAAGGUGAGCAUCCCUGUGAUUAAAUAGAGACUGUAUAAUAUAUGAUGACUGAAAUGAAUCUGUGAGCAGUUUGUAAACAUGUCACGGUCGUUCGUGAACAAAUGUCUGUCUUCCCAGAAAGGUGUCGAGUCAGCUCUUGUAGCUCAGCAGCAGCAGGCCUCUCUCGUGGCUUGCAGUGCAUAAGUCAGAGGAGCGCAGCGUGGCUCACCUUCACAAAGAGAGGGCAGGAGCAUUUAGGCUUCCUGUGUUCCUGCCAUCUCUGCAGGCUGAUGCAGCCUUUCAGGGUACAAGACCAUUUGGUCUUUGUGCACAGAUUUUAUUUCCUUUGCUUGUCAAUUCAAGCCUCUCUCAGUUGCUUUGUACAACAUUGGAGCAUUUCUUAACGUUAUCUAUAAAAUCUGAGUAAAUUCGUUGAGCAAUUCUUUACAGUGAUCUAAAUAUAGCAAAACUGUGUAAUUUGAAUUCUAAAAAUUUGUAUCUCACUAAUUGAUGGUCCGCUGUACAAACAUGUUCUUCAUGUUCUUUUAAAGUUUGAGCACAUAAAAUUCUAAGAAAUAUACUAUUUUUGAACUGUAUUGAAUGUAGAAGUUAGUUUGGACUGGGUACAGUUAUGCUAUGUUUGAUUUGCCACAGAAAUCAGAUCUGGAAAUGAGCUCUCAACCCAGUUUGGCUUGAAUCAGCUGCAAGUCAGGAAACUAUUUGGGAUAGCUACUUGUCGAAUUGCUAAUUACUAUAACCAAUACAAACCAACGACAACAUAUUAUUUUCCCUUUUGUGCAAACAUUUAAGAAACAUGGUCAGAUGUAAGAAUUGCAAAAUACAGUAUUUACCACUGACCUAGUGAGACAUAAACCACCAGAAGUACAAAUUAAGGGUUUCAUCCUGGUUUUCACAGUACAUCUUUUGUUUUUCACAGCCAACCCUAAAUUCAUUUCAGAUUUUGACUUUCAACAAAAGCAUUUUAUUGUUCCAAUUUAAAACUUGGACAACCUGACCAUCAGAAAAUCCCACUGCUCAACCAACUUCUAACUGAUUCACAUUGUGCAUAGUCUCAUGAAUCAAUCAUACUGGGAAUAUCAUAAUAUCAGUGUUGAGUGCGUUUGAUUUGCAAACUGGAAAACCAGUGGGUUUAUUUAUUUAUUUUUUUGGUUCAGACACUCAAAAGAUUGCACAGUACAUUGCUUGUUAUCAGUUUAUCAAGAUGUAAACAGAUGCUGCACAUGUGAGACUAGUGGGAGUUGGAAGUAUAAACUGUUUAUUUUUAUUUCUGACGGUUUGCAUCCCAUUAAACCAACAGCACACACAGCACUGUAAAAUGUCCAUUUGUAAACAAGCUUCCUUGUGAUUUGAAUCGCUAAGUACUGAGGGGCUAAGUACGCUUCAGUGUACUUAACGCCUCAGCAUUUAGCAAAUCCUGCUGGUUUUUUACUGAGUAACAAAUAAAAUGCUCUCAAGUCAACUGUGACAUCUGUAUAUCAGUAUAUACUAUUUUUAAUAAUACUUAAAAAAGAAGUUGCAAAAAUUUUGUUUUUUCCCUUUCUUUGCCUUUAGGAUGCUUUUGAUUCUGCAGAAAAAACCCUUUUCCAGAGCAGAUGUAUUUCAUGCUUUAAUCCUUGUUUUCUGUCAAGACACUUCUUAAAAAAAAAAAAAAAACUUUUACUCUUAUUAAAUCUCUGCUGCCCCCACAAUUUCCUCAUCCUAUUACCGCUACAUAAAACUUUUAUCCAUCAGUCCCUCCUUUCGCUCUCUCAAGGACCCUGUUGAGUUUAUGAAUGAUUGCUAAUCAAUUUGAGUCAGAUUUCCAAGAACACUCAUGUUUGUGUUUUUGCAGAUGCAGGAAAGAGGUAACGAGUUUCUAUGUUGAUGCUUAGCACAUAAUUAAGGAUAUUUUUAUAUUCUAUAAUCUAUAAUGCUAUAUAUUUAUAGGGUACAGUUUUAUUUAAAUCAAAGUUGUAAAAAGUUGUAUUUUGUAGCACAUGUAAAGUGAUACAACGCUGCUUCCUCUGGUGUUAGAUAAACAGUAAAUUAUUGUGCUCAGUUUUUCUUAUGUACAUCUCAUGCAUGUCCAUACUGAAUCUUAAGCAUCUGCUGCUUCGUUUUGUUUAUUUGAAGUUUGAGUGAAGAAGUCAAUACGUACAUUUUUUGGUCACUGGAUUUUCUGUUUAAAGAGCAAAAUAUUAAAUUGAAAUACACCGAGGUUUUCAUUAACAUUUGCAUUUAAUAGAAUAUUUUGUCAUUUCAAAUGAAAACUAAACACCUACAGUUUUUUUUUUAUUAUUUGUUACUGGUUUCUCACUAGGACAUUCAGUUACUAAAAUAUGCACAUGGCACUGUGUGGAAAACUACAAUGCAAACUUAUAUCUUUGGCUUAAGUCACUGUCAUUUAUUUAUACUUUGUGAUAUAUGUGGAAGUGCAAUGUUACUUGAUUUAUUUAAUGGCUUCCAUGAUCUGCGUUGUUUAAUAAUGUAUAUUUCAAAAAUGAUGUAAAAUCUCCUGUAAACAGUGACCCGUUCCAUCCGUUUUUCUUCUAUUUGACAUAAAUCUGUAUUUCCUUUCAGUCUGAACUUAUGUCCACUCUUAUUGUAAAAUAGUAAAUUACCCUAAUGUGUUGACAUAUAUAUAUAUAUGUUUUUUUGAGUCUCAUGUCUUAUUUAUUUCACCUCAUUAAACAGCCGCUGGUUUUUCUGAGAAUAAUAAAAACAAUAACUUGGGUUAUGUUUAGCUUGGAGAAGAAAAAAAAACAGGAAAUGAGUGUCAACAGCCUGAAGGGGGAAAUCAUGAAAUUACAUGUAAGACAUGUUCAAACUGAAUCUUACUCUCAAGACGGCUUGUUUGUUUUCAGCUCGUGGCAAGAGGAGAGGCCGGUGUUUUCCGGUGGGACAAUGAGUCCCAGAGUCAUUUACAUUUCUGCAUGAAAAUGUCAGGGCAGAGGUAAAGCAUAAGCCCAGAGAAGACGAAGAAGGGGGGUGAGGGGUGGGGUAAAAUUACCAUUUUUCAAAGCAGUAGCUUAGCAACAGCAACCUUAUUUAGAGCCUUUAAUGUCCUUGCUUGGGUCAAGCUGUGCCAGCUCGCCUCAGGGAGAGCAGCGGAUGUGAUGCCUUUAAUUGGUGCAACAGUUAGAUUAAAGGGAAGGAGGUGAAAAUGAAUCAGAAGAAUUUUCACCUUUUCAAUUCCCAAGUCUUUUCUUAAAGAGCUAAAACAGCUGAGAGCAUUUGCUCUGUCUUUUUUUUUUCUGAAUGAACAGCUCUGAUUUUCACUUACAUGCAAUUGUGAUGAUGUAAGAAUGCAGAUCUGAGAGAGAAAGUGAAUGUGCAUUCAAGGACAGAGUUCAGGUCCCAUUAAAUUGGUAUGACAUUUUUAUUUGAAUUACUAAAUUAACAUUUUAGCAAUAUUGUGAGUAAUUGAGAUGCACCUGUAGAUAAUAUCUAAUGACUGUUGUAUGCAGACUCCAAGUUGAUACACCUUUCUGCAGUUUGGUUUUCUCUUCCCAUUCUAGAUACCAACAUGGGUCCUCAUCCAGGCUAAUGACCAGCAGCUGACAAAAAAAAACUUUUCAGAAAUCAUGGAGAACUGUUGCAAGGUUAAAAAAAUACAAGAAAGUUUGCCUGCUCUAAAGGUAAACACAAAGACACAAGGGUGGUUUGAAACCGUUGCGUUGUUUUGUACAUUUUCAAUAAAAUGUUAAAUUGGUGUAACUCACUCCUGAGAUGGCUCUGAUCGUUCCGAGAUUAUCCUCUUAUUUGUAUAAGAGGAACCAUCGACUGCUAAUUCUCUGCUUACAUCACUGAGGUCAUCGCCAGCUUUUCCUGUCAGAAAUGAUGAAUUAGGGGUUGGGGUUUGCAAAAAAAGCUGGAUCAGUAGCCUGUAUAUACGGCUGGUUAGGUUUGAUAAAAAA